UAUGACAUUUUGAACGAAAUGACAGCGAUUAAUAAAAAUUGAGAAAUUUGUCAUGGCAUUGGCGCUGCUACUUACGGCCCUGCUGUAGAAGAGCGAUGGCGCCGCUGAACGAACUACUGGUUGCAGAAGCAGAGGCAGCAGCAGCGGCGGUGACGGCAGUAGCGGCAGCAGUAGCAACAGCACGAGUCGCUCUGCGUUCGCCGUGAAAAUUCGCGAGUGAUCCGCGUGACAGUACUCUGGAGGUUACGUUAACAAGCCGGACGAUGAUGUCAAAGAGUUGGUGCCGCGUGAUUCGCGCGAGAUCGAACCAUUCAUCGAAGUGUCAGUGAAUCAUUUCGUUCGCUGUUGCUUUUUUCCUUGUCGUGCGAAACCUCUCUUUCUGUUGGCCAAGAGGGAUAAUAGGCCGGGCCUAUCAGCACAGUAGGAAAAUGGCGGCUCGCCUUGCGCGGCGUAGACGACGAGGGGCAACGAGGCUCUUCGUGUAAAGCGACCGAACACAAAAAAAUAACCUUUCGUUUCCGUCGGUUGUUCGCAGUGUAAAGUGAGUAGUUGGUGUUUGAUUGUCGGCGCGGUAAACGAGAACGGGAGAAAAAGAGAAAGAGAGAGAUAGAGAGAAAAAAGGAGGGACCUCGUUAGCGCCGAAUACCACGAGUUACGAGAUGAGAGCGGGACGUGAGGAGAAACGAAGGAAAAACAACACGAGAAGCGAGUAACGAAGAACCACUGUGCGUUCCGUUUGUGCACGCGUGUGUGCUCGUAUGAGAGCGAGCGGCGAUCAACGGUGACAAGUGAUCCGUCGACGGGGAACUUCGCCUUAGCCCCACGUCGACAAGAAGAUGAUAUUCCGGGCAUCGAGAUACCGUCGUGGCUACGUCGAUCGCGAUCCUCGUGCCGUCGUGUGCUGUCGUCGCCAUUGAGCUACGGCCGCUUUCGCGAAAAUUAUUUUUUUCGCGAGAGAACAGUGAGGCCGUGGACGACGGGACGACGAGGCCGCCGACGACGACGACCACGACGAUCACGACGAAAAGUUGAGGGAAGAUGAGAGGCGCGUGCGACGGCGGCAUAGCGAGCUUUCUCGCUCUGGCGCUCCUCUGUUUAUUCCACACGUCAUGCUUUGUGGACGGACUAUUGAAGUGUUAUUGCGAUAUAUGCACGGAAACCAAUCACACGUGCGAAACCGAUGGCUAUUGUUUCGCCAGCACCAGCCUAGAGAACGACGUGAUCACAUAUGCUCGGAGGUGUUACGGUAGGGAGCACUUCUUCCCGGCGCCCGAUUACUCGGUCUGGUGCAGGGCGAAUAGCAUGCUACGCGGUCCAGGUGACAUGGAAUACGUGAUCGCCUGCUGCAACCACUCCGACUACUGCAAUCGCGACCUAAGGCCCACUGUUCCUCCUCGCGAGUCCAGAGGUGGGCCAUACUUCCGACUCGUCGAUUACCUCGCACGAGUGCCGUCGGGUGGCGAUGACGCGACGUGGGUCACUUGGAAAAUGGCGUUGAUGAUAGCGAUGCCAAUAUGCGCGAUCUGCGUGGUGGUUAUGGUCGUUUAUCACGUGCGCAAGACCCCAGAAAGGCCCGGGAAUAGCGAUGACUCGCAAGAGGCACCGGAUCGACCCAUCCUGGGCGGAGUUACUAUUAGGGACAUGCUGGAAAUGACCACGAGUGGCAGUGGCUCAGUAGGCCUGCCGCUCCUGGUACAGCGGAGCAUAGCCCGCCAGAUUCAGCUGGUGGAGACUAUCGGAAAGGGUCGCUUUGGCGAGGUCUGGCGUGGUCGUUGGAGGGGUGAGAACGUCGCCGUGAAGAUCUUCAGCUCGCGCGAGGAGAGGUCUUGGUUCAGGGAGGCCGAAAUUUAUCAGACGGUGAUGCUCAGGCACGACAAUAUCCUAGGGUUCAUCGCUGCCGAUAACAAAGAUAAUGGCACGUGGACCCAGCUGUGGCUGAUCACGGAUUAUCACGAGAAGGGCUCCCUGUUCGAUUAUCUGAACAGAUCGACCGUGGACACGAACGGUAUGAUUAGGAUGGCCCUGUCGAUCGCCACCGGGCUGGCGCAUCUUCACAUGGACAUCGUCGGCACGCAAGGGAAACCAGCCAUCGCUCACAGGGAUCUCAAGUCGAAAAAUAUCCUCGUGAAGACGAAUGGUACAUGCGCGAUCGGUGAUCUUGGAUUGGCCGUCAGGCAUGACGUAAUAACAGACACCGUCGAUAUCCAGCUGAAUAAUCGGGUCGGCACUAAGCGGUACAUGGCACCCGAGGUUCUCGAAGAGACGAUAAACAUGAACCACUUUGAUUCCUUCAAGAGGGCUGACGUGUACGCUCUCGGGUUGAUCCUCUGGGAGAUCGCGAGGCGAUGCAACGUCGGCGGAAUUCACGACGAAUAUCAGCUGCCGUUUUACGACUUGGUGCCUUCCGAUCCGACGAUCGAAGAGAUGCGUAAAGUUGUGUGCACCGACAGACAGAGGCCGUCGAUACCGAAUCGGUGGCAGUCGAUCGAGGCGUUACAAGUGAUGUCGAAGGUGAUGAAGGAGUGUUGGUACCACAACGCGGCAGCUAGGCUAACCGCGCUUAGGAUUAAAAAAUCUCUCGCAAACUACGGCGCGAUGGAGGACCUGAAGUGAAAAGAGGUGAAUCAGCAACCGAUCGUCGUCGAAACGACCGGGAAAAUGGAAGUGCUCGAAACACACAUGGACACUCACUUUAAUUGUAACACUUUUAUCGCAAUAAAACUUUUAAGUGCCGUGUUACUGCGCGCGAGAAAGAGAACGAGAGCGUGGAAGAGAGAAAGAGCGAAAAAGGAGAGAUAGAUAGAGUGAAUGAACGAGUGCGAAAGAGACAGUGAGAAAGGGAGAGAAAGAUGUAAGACGCUCGGUCGAAAUGAGAAAUUCUAAUAGUUGAAGCAGAGAGCCUAACGAAAGACUGGUUAAAAAAAAAAGAAAAAAAGAAAAAAAGAAAUAAAUAAAAUCGAGACGACGUUCCUUUAAUCGCGUUGACUUGGUCGUGUCGUACUCUAAUUUCGAGUAUCAGCUUGUACGCGUGAGAUAGCAGGAUUAGUCUAUGUAAAAGAGAGGUCAUAGUCAGACAACUCGAAGGAUGUUCCUUUUUUCUCUUCUUUCUUUUUCGAAAAGAGAAAGAAGGGAGGAAGGGAAACACGUUAACGAGCAUU